CGCAAAGUAAUCAAGAACGUAAACAUUGCUGCUAAAAUCAAAAAGUUGAGCCAAGAACAGGGAGGAAGGAGAUGAACCAUGUUACGAUCUUUAGAAGAUGUUGAUAGAAUGGCCUACAGCAGAAGAUACAUAAUACUUUACUAAAUGCAAUUAAAGCAAGUACAUUGGUUUCAUUGGCUACUUAAUAUUAUGCCUUUUAAGUAGGCCUCAUACAUUAUAAACCACGUAUGCAAUUUUAAACAUAAUGGAUAAGACAGCAGCUGAGAGACUUUUAGAGGAGGCGGUUUCAGCAAAUGAUUCACAAAAACUAGAGGAAAUUAUUUCUGGGCUGGAAAGAAGAAACUUUCCACCAGACAAGUUAAAAGAAUUGUUGAACAGUCAACUGUACCAAGCCAUGUCGCAUUCAAGCCAGGACAUUGUGAGGUUCCUAGUAAAGAAAGGUGCUGAUAUAAAUCACCACAAUUCAAUAAAGCAGUCUAUUCUUUUCAGAGCAAUUCAUAGCACCACUGCAGAAAGUGAGAACAUUCUGAAGUUUUUGCUGGAAAAUGGAGCAGAUAUAAACCAUAAGAAUAUAAAUGGCCAGACAGAUUUUAUGGACUUGAUGGUUAGUGAUAAACUGACAUACAGUUAUUUGUUGGAUAUUGUUGAUGCUGUUAGCAAUAUACAAGAAAGAGAUCUGAGAACUGGUGGAAGCUAUCUCCAUAUUGUCAGUAAUCGCUGGGAUGAUGAAAGCAGGGUUGAUAUGCUAAAUAAGCUGUUGAAAAUGGGGUUGGAUAUAAAUUGUUUAGACAACAAUGAUGAUACACCACUCCACCUAAUGGGUGGAAUUGCAUGUUGUUAUUCAAUUAAAUUUCUUUUGGAAAACGGUGCUGAUAUCAAAGCCAGAAACAGAAUGGGUGAAACAGUUCUGCAUUACCUUGCAUGUAGCAACGAAUUCGAUGGUUUCUCGGAUUCAUUGAAAUUGCUAAUAGAUAAAGGUGCUGAUAUAAACGAGUUAGAUUACGAAGGUCGAACAUCUGUUCACCAAGCUUUAACUUCGAAGGACACGACCUGUGAAUCUAUCAAAGAGUUGAUGAAAUAUGGAAUAAAGAUGAAUGUACAAGACUAUAGUGGACGGAAUGAAAUAUUCUUUGCUGUACAUGAUGUAAAAAGCUAUUUGAAGUAUACUGAGGAGGCUGAUUUGGAACGUCGCAGCGAAGUCAUUAAACUGUUAGCAGAGGAAGGCGUGGAUGUGAACACAGGCGACAUGCACGGUAUAACGCCACUGCAUAUGUCUACAACCCUUGGAUCGGAUGAGUUGGACAUUUUAGUUACAUUAUUAGACCUGGGAGCUGACUUCACUAGAAAAACUAACACAGGAGCAACCGCUUUGCACUGGGCAUGUAAAACCUAUAACAUGGCACAUGUUUUGACUUUUUUUUAUUUAGAAAAUGGCAAAGACAUCAAUGUUAAAGACGAUUACGGCUCAACAAUCCUCCACUGGGCUGUUUGGCAUAGAAAACUAUCAGUCUGUCGGAGUGUGUUACAAGCUGGCGCUGAUGCAAAUAUCAAAGACACAACCGGCAAAACACCUGGUGAUCUAGCGCGAAUUCUGCACUUUGACGAUUUUCAUAAGUUGCUGUCCACUUACAAAACACUGGAACCACUAGAAAUACAGUACCCCGUUGUGGUAUGCAAUGGGAGUGAUCCAAUAUUUAGUUGUCCAAUUCUAAAAUACAUCAAAAAAUUAGACCACAAAAUUGAUGUCCAGGAGUAUAUGAAGCAUGUUGACCUGCACAAAGCCUCUCUGAGCAGGUCUGUCAGUAUCAUGUUAGGAUUGUCCAAUAUGGGAAUGUUUUAUGACAUUGAGGAAAACACCACUGUUCCAGAAAAAAUUGACACCUUGAUGUGUUCGAUCGUUAACAAAGUGGCUGGACGAAAUCCGUUGUUUUGUUGUGAAUUGCGGUUGGCUGGCAGUUCAUUUGAAGGGACAAAAGUACAAGUUAGAGAUGAAUUUGACUACAUAUGGAGUUUGACAGAAUUCAAUGAAUCAUUCGUUCCAGUUGAAUCCUCGGUAUUUCCAGAAGGUUUUGUUAAACUUCAUAUAAAAGAAGAAAUGAUUGGAGGUCGUUUUUCUCAGUAUCUUGACAAAGACAACUUUCUAGACAGCAGAUUUUUAACUCGACAGUUAUUCAGUCUUAUAAACGAAGAGGUCAAAAACACUCUCAAAGGCCACAAUGACCUUGUAUGCAUAAAAUUUCUUGAUGAAAUCUUCUGUGGUACUUCAAAUUUAGUUUUCCACUAUUUUGGACGCCAGGCAAAGUCCUUUACAAUAUCUGUAGACGUCGUUCCAACUAUUUUACUUGCUGGGUGGACCCCUGUUGGAUUUCAUGUUCGGCAUUCACUCUUGCUGCAGCAUUCUACAAACGAUUUGAUAUUUUCAGCAAUUUUGAAGACACCAGACCGUGUGCAUGUGGAGCACUAUACCAUGUUUUUUCGAGUAUCAUAUGGUUAUAUCGAACAGGGCAUACUACAAUCAGUGCCAUAUGAUGUUAAAAAAGGAUACAUCAUUCUGAAAUCGCUUGCUGAAACUGGAUAUUUUCCAAAGGUCGUAGACCAUGAUAACGAUAGAACAAUAAAAAAAUUUAUAACCAGCUACCAUCUUAAAACAUGCUUCUUACACGAACUAGAGAAGGCUAGAAAUGAAGGCGAUCUGGAUCUGCAAGAUACUCCAGAAACCCCUGUAAACAGAAUUUCACUAAACUGGGCUAAAAGAAUUCUUGACCGCUUGGAAAGUUGCAUUCAUAAUGGAUCUUUACCCUCCUUUUUUAACCCAAGCAAAAAUUUGCUAGGUGUCAGUCUUGAAGGCAUGUGUCAUCAAGAGAACAUCAUAGAGAAAGAUGCGCUAAUGCAGUUGGUAUCUUUGUUCCAAUAUCUCUUGAACACAGCAGAUAUCUGAUCUGUUCAUUAUGUAAAGCACAUGUUGCAACUAUGAAUUGGUGGCGGUGCCUAAACAAACAGGUUACAGAGUAUUAUUAGUUUAAUCUGCAAGGUACAUUUAGUUAAGUAAAAAAACAGAACUGUCUUGGGAAAAUAUUUGUGUAAAACAAUACUAAGCAAAACAAAUUCCUUAAUGACAUUUGAUGUUCAAACAAGACAUUUCGUAUUUUUGUACAUGUCUGGGCAUUCAUAAACAUAUCUGAGCUAUGAAAUCUCUAGUUUG